AUGGGGAACAAGCCAUCAAAGACCGGCGGCGGAGAGGAACCACCGAAAACAACUUUAUUUGAAAGGGAGCCAAAUGGCAUCACGUACAGAAUCCCUGCUCUCAUCUACCUGAAGCACAGUGGCACCUUUCUUGCCUUUGCAGAGAAGAGGACAUCUUCUCGUGACUGUGAUGCCAAACUUCUGGUGAUGAGAAGAGGGGUGCAGAGUGAUGACGGAUCUGUUCAGUGGCUGUCAAGUGAGGAGCUGUCAACCGCGUGCCUGCCGGACCACCGCAGCAUGAACCCCUGCCCCGUGUUUGAGAAAAACACCAGCACCUUGUUUUUAUUUUUUAUCUGCAUCCUGGGUAACACUUCAGAGCAAAGGCAAAUCUGCACAGGUAAGAACAAGACGCGUCUUUGCUACAUCAGCAGCGGUGAUGACGGCCACAACUGGAGCGAGGUCAAGGACCUAACGGAGAGCGUGAUAGGGCAAGCUAUCCACAAGUGGGCCACAUUCGCCGUGGGUCCCGGCCACGGGGUCCAACUUGAGAACGGGAGGUUGAUUAUCCCAGCCUACGCCUAUUACAUCCCAUACCGUUGCUUCUCGUUCCCUGUUCCGUACACCGUUUACCCCCGCGCGUUGACCAUCUACAGCGCAGACUUUGGCAAGUCGUGGCACGUGGGCAAAAUGCUCCUCAAAAAGUCGUGCGAGUGCGAAAUGGCGGAGAUCAUAGACCACGAAGGCCGCAGUCACCUUUACUGCAACGCCCGCAACACCGGCGGUCACAGAUGCGAGGCGCUGAGCGAAAACAGCGGCGUCUGUUUCGACAAACCUCGCACGGCUCCAGAACUGGUGGAGCAACCCAAAGGUUGCCAAGGGAGCGUCAUCGGCUUCCCCGCGCCCGAGUUCAUCCCCAGCGAGGACACGGACAGCAAAACCAAUGAAGCCUCCCCUCUGUCCCCGGAUACCCAAACCUGGCUCCUCUUUAUGCACCCGACUAGAAAGUGCAGCCGGCGGGACAUGGGCGUGUACUUGAACCGAUCCCCGCUGCACUCCAGAGGCUGGGACAGGCCCAGGAUCAUCCACAGCGGGCCCAGUGGCUAUUCAGACCUGGCCUACAACCGGGACAACGAUCGCUUCUCGUGCCUGAUGGAGUGCGGCAAGGAAAGUGAACUUGAGCAGAUUGCAUUCAUGUCAUUCACGCUCAGAGAAGUUAUGCAGGGACACAGAAAGACAUGCUAA